GGGUCUUUUACCGUUGCUUGGUCGUGACAACCGCAAAUGAAGUUGUUUACUGGAAAAGCAGCUUUCUAAAAUCCCACAUUAUAUUUUUGGAUAGCUCUCGGUUUUACGCUAUACAUCUAACAAAGUUGCACUGAUCGAGCAAGAACGAUGGGAGAUGUCUCAGCAGACAGCAUUACUAUCGAGAUGCUCAGCGAGGCAUGUGAGACUGUCAGAUGCAGUCCUCUGGAUGUGAUCAACACACCGACUCCAUGGUCCCAGACCACACUGCCACUCAACGACCCCUGCAACAUUCACAUCAAACUGGAAAACAUGCAGAGGACCGGUUCAUUUAAGAUAAGAGGUGUUGCAAACCAGUUUGCCCGGAGACUCAAAGGGGGCCAUUUUGUGACCAUGUCUGCUGGGAAUUAUGGAAAGUCUUUUGCAUAUGCAUGUAAGCAUUAUGGAUCCAAAGGCAAAGUGGUGAUGCCAGAAACCACCCCCAUCUCCAGAUCAGUUCUGAUACAAAGUUUGGGAGUUGAGGUUGAAAGAGCGCCAACUCCUCGUCUCAUGGAUGUUGUUAACCGAAGUGUUCAAGAGGACAACAUGACUUUUCUACAUUCCUAUGAUGAUCCGGAUCUUAUCGCUGGACAUGCCAGCUUAGGUUUUGAGAUCCUGGAAGUUGUACCCUAUCCAGAUGUUGUGGUUGUUUGCUGUGGUGGAGGAGGGUUACUUGCUGGUGUGGCAGCUGCCAUCAAACUGUCUGGUUGUGAGAACACAAAGAUCUAUGGAGUGGAACCAGAAGGAGCAUGUACAAUGUACAAGAGCUUUAUUGAGAAGAAGCCUGUUGGUAUGGAUGCCAAAAGCAUUGCUUCAGGGCUAGCGCCACCAUUUGCAGGUUCUUUGCCAUAUGAGCUGUGUCAGAAAUAUGUGGAGAACAUUGUGCUUGUGACUGAUGAGGAGAUCAAAUCUGCAGUUUCCACACUUUAUAAGGCUGGACUCGUGGUUGAACCUUCAGGCACUGCGGCGUUCGCUGCCGUCACGAAUGACAAAAUACCAGAUAUCAAUGGCAAGAACGUGGUGGUCAUCCUCAGCGGAGGAAACAUUGGCAAAGAUGAGCUUAGCAACUUUCAUGACUAAGGUAAA